AUGUUCAUCGUUUAUUGCUUCGGAAAUGGUUGUAGGUUCAAUUUGAGAUACAAAAGCCAUGUGUCCUACGGUGUCCCUAAGAGAGUUACGAGUACUUACCCCGCGGUUGAUGCUGCCGAUUACCUGAUCAAGUGGAUGGUUUCUGUGCGUUCUCCAGGCGAUGGGAAGCUCGGUUUCCUCUUGUUCCUGGGUUUCCUCUUGUUCUUCUUCGUCUGCUUGGUCCUCAUUUUCGAUCAUCACUUGAG